GAGCAGAGUGGAUUUAACCCCCCCCGGUUUAUAAAGAAGUGACCAGCUGCCAUGGGAAUCGUCCUCCCAGACCUCCUCCUCCGCACCCCUCCUCCGACCACGGCAGGACUUGGCCCCAGGGUGGUCUUUCAGAGCUGAGGAGGCGAUGCCCGGAGGGGCUCCCAGAGUUCUCGCGGGACCGCAGCCAGCGAGCCAUGACGUCCAACUGCACCUGUGAGCUCCUCGCGAGCGGCGGCGGCCUGGCAAACUCCACGGCGUGUGCAGAAGCGCUGAAGAGCUGCGGAAGGAGCUCGGUGCCGGUUUCCGUGGGAGUCACGCUCCUGCUGCUGCUGCUGGUCCUCUGCGGGCUCGGGGGCUUCUGGUUCUGGAGACGCCGGGCCACCAGCCCGCUCGCCCUCCCCGGGUUCCUGCGGAGGAGCGGCAGCAAGAGGAGGGACUACUCCAGAACCCUGUCCCUGCGCGCCCACGCCCUCGGCCCCAAGGGCAAGGCCCAGGGGGACGCCCAGGGCCGCAGACCUGCCGCCCGGGCGGCCGGCCCCUGCGAUGACGACUACGAGAACUUGGAAGUGGGUCCCCCCAAAGCGGAGGAAGCCGACAAGGGGCUGUACGAGAACACGCAGCAGGCCAGCCCCGCGGAGCCCGUCUACGGGAACCAGGCGUCCCCCUAUUACAACUUCCAGGGGCCUGUUUCUCCCGACACCCCUCAGGAUGAGGGCAUAUACAUUCUCCCGGACUGAUUCCGCUUUCCCACCCCGGUUCCCGCCCCGGAGGGCGCUUG